AUGGAUCGUUAUCUAAAUCGUGAAAGAUGGGAAACACUCUUCAUGUCAUUAGCCAAUUUAAAACAAAUUCGAAUUGAUCUUACAUCUUGUCUUCAUGGGACAAUCGAUUUAGAGGACCAGCAUAUAAAGGAAACUAUUUUACCAUUAUUUAACAAUCCAAACAACAAUGCUUCUUCAAUAGUACCAAAUUUUUGUGCUCAAUUACAUUACGGAAAGGAGUGUCCAUGUCAACUGAAACAUGUACAUUUACAAUCUAUAACAGCUCGAACGGAUAAAGCAAAUUUAAUCCGUACCAAAGAAGAAAGUGAAAUUAAUGAACAACGAGUUAAUGGUAGUUAUCAGUCCGUUUCAGCUUAUGUAGGUAUUCGCAUAAAUGGUAUUUGCAACGUGACUGGACCGAUUACAUUAGGCAAUGUUAGUCGGUGUGGCACGGGUAAUGGUUGCAGUACUCCAGUACUAAUCAAAUCUCAAACAUCAGGUUUUCUAGCUGAUCAUCCUUUACGUUACGUUCAAACCAAUGUACAUGCGUUUGUCCAACAUACCAAAAUCAAGCAUAAAGCAUUCUUUCGAAUAGAGUGA